AUGGUGAACUUGUUACAUAAAUCCAACCCAUGGGCCGAUGGGGGAAGAUCUCUAGGUCGGAAGUUGCUUGAAUCCGACCGAUGUGCCGACGAGGGAAGAUCACUAGGUUGGAAGUUGCUCGUUCUGAAACACUACAGUGAGGAGGCAUUCUGGCUGGACAUCUCUCCUGACUUGAAUGAGGUCAAACAGUUUAUCAAUGGCCUGAAACUGCCCCAGUUGCAGUGGUACUCUGACACACUCGCCUCGUUUCAAUUCAAGCAUCAAUCUUCUCGCCAGUAUAUCCGCCUCGGGUUUCUGCAACGGCUCAAGCAAAAGGAAAUGAAUGCAGAGACUCGGUCGGUAACAUCAACUAUUCAGACGGUCGGGAAAGAUUGA